AUGGCGACCAAGGCGCACUGCGCCUACUGCUUCGAAACCCUCGCCGCCAGCUUCGAGCGUCGCCAAUCCCUCAGUCUAGCGCAGGUCGAAGACCUCUGGGAGCAGUAUCAUACGAGCAAGGGCGAACCCAACGACACCGUCGCAGGAGUCGACGACGAAGAUGAGGAUGAGGAUGACGAUGACGAUGAAGAGAUGACAGAUGGGGAGUCCACAGCACGUCCAGCGGCUAUAUCGCGUUUAUUGAACAGGGACUCCGCGACUUCGAGUAGCAGCAGUCUGCCCUCUGCAUCUUCAAUCGGCAGCAGCAGUAAGAGCUCGGGCGGUGCAACGCCAGCUAGCUCUGUCAGUUCUCUUGCGAGAAGGCGGGAUGAGGAGCAUCCUCUAUUCGUGACCUGGAAUACGAUCUCGAGGAGUGGGCACAAGAGCCUACGAGGCUGUAUUGGGACUUUCGAGGCACAAGAGUUGGAGGAGGGCCUAAGAAGUUAUGCGCUGACAAGGUCUCUUCCAUGCCUGUUCCUGUCAAGAAGCCUCGCGAUAAGUACUGACACCUGAUCUUGCGCAGCGCAUUCGAAGACGUCCGCUUCCAGCCCAUCCCUUCCUCCCUUCUACCCUCACUUUCUAACCACGUAACCCUCCUCACAAACUUCUCGACUCCCACGAAAGACCCCAUGGACUGGACGCUCGGCAAGCACGGUCUCCGAAUCUCCUUCACGAACCACGGCCGUCGCUACGGCGCAACAUACCUGCCCGAUGUCGCGCCCGAGCAAGGCUGGACGAAAGAGGAGACGCUCAUCUCUCUGAUGCGCAAAGCUGGGUGGAACGGUAGCAGUUCAUCAUGGCAGAAGACGUGGCGCGACGGGAAGGGAGAGCUUGUUACGUAUGAGGGGAAGCAGGUUGGUCUGCGGUACGAAGAGUGGAAGGAAUGGAGAGAUUGGGUCGAUCAAGUGGGAGUGAAGGCGAAGGCUUUGAAUUAG